CUCAGUGUAAACAGCCAUGGCUGCACUGCGCAGGCUUAUCCUUUCAUUCAGCUCCAAAACAGGGACGUUUACCGCGCGGACACAGCAAACAUCCUCGAAGGUGCUGAAAGUUAUCGCGACCGGAGCCUGCGUCACCGCGGCCGGGGCCGGGGCUGCUUGCUACUACUACUACUACCGCCACUGCUGCUCGCUCGCGGACCGGCGUCCCGGACUGAGGAGCCACGUCGAGGCUCGGCUCGUACACCUGGCGCUGCCAUCGGUCUCUGCUACCGAUAAGACGAAGACUUAUGGCCUGGACGAUGGAGACGUGUACAUGUCGUCCAAUGAAAACAGAUUUCGUCUGUUCACUUCAGUGGAGUGCGAGGGCCAGCUCUACAUGACGCCGCUAAACUUCAUCGAGUCCGUCACUCUGAACGAACCAAAGAAUAGGAGAGGAUGGAAGUCCCUCACUAAAAAGGAAUUAGACAAGAUGCUUGGUGAUACCCCACCUGUUGGGAAAGGAUCAUCCAACUUGUUUAGAAACCUUCGUGAGCGAGGUGUCAUCAGUUACACAGAGUACCUCUUCCUGCUCUGCAUUUUAACAAAGCCACAUGCAGGCUUCAGGAUUGCUUUCAACAUGUUUGAUGCAGAUGGGAAUGAAAUGGUGGACAAGAGGGAGUUUUUGGUGCUGGAAGAAAUUUUCCGUAAGAAGAAGGACAGAAAAGAAGCCACUGACGACAUGCAAAGACUGGACCAGCAAAGCCUGCAGCUUUACGGGGAUCACACAUCUCAGCCACACAGUGUUCUUAAAAAAGACGGUCAGCAUGUGGAGGCCCGAGGCAUGUGGGAUGUUCUCAGACGUGGCACGAGUCAAGUUCUGUUUUCUGAUCUCACUGAGCAUGUGGAUGAAAAAACACAGACGACGCUGUUGGUGCAUUUCUUUGGGAAAAAAGGCAAAGCUGAGUUGAAAUUUGAAGACUUUUACAAGUUCAUGGACAACCUGCAGACAGAGGUGCUCGAGAUAGAGUUUCUCUCCUACUCCAAGGGCAUGCCCACCAUCAGCGAGGAGGACUUCGCUCGGAUCCUCCUUCGCUACACCAAUGUGGAUGACGUCAGCGGGUAUUUGGAGAAUGUGCGCUACGGCUUGCCAGAUGAAAAGGGAAUCACCUUUGAGGAGUUCAGGUCCUUCUUCCAGUUCCUUAACAACCUGGAGGAUUUUACCAUCGCCAUGCAGAUGUACAACUUUGCCAACCGAUCCAUUGGUCAAGAGGAGUUCAGCCGAGCGGUCUACGUGGCCACGGGCAUCAAACUGACGCGCCACCUGGUCAACACUGUCUUCAAGAUCUUCGACGAGGACCACGACGGUAAACUCAGCCACAAGGAGUUCAUCGGCGUCAUGAAGGAGCGGCUGCACCGUGGACACGGGGGCGUCAGAGUGGACGAAAAGUUCGUCUCUUUCAAGUCCUGCAUGAAGAAGGAGCUUUCAGGCAAAUAGAUCCCAGUGCACAUCUUACUGACUGGGCGAUCUGUGCCAGACCGAAUGGUUAUUGCAUGCUGCAUCAUCUUAUUGUGCUAUCUCAGAAGUUGCAAAACAAACAGGAUAUGGCACAAACAGGAUGUGGUCUCACGGAUGGAAAGCCGACGCCAAGUGGUCACAUAAGUGACCGGCGGUGAAACGACAAAAUCUACUUAACGUUACAGUAUUCUAAACGGCACUUCUGUGUUUAUUUAUGCCUACUCUAUUUAUUGUUAUUUAUUUAUUUAUUUAUUUAAAGAUCCAAGGCUGUCUUUUUUUUUCCUCUUCUGCCAGUGUGUUUUGUUGUGCGAGAUUCUCCCUCUGUCCUCGGCUCGACUCUGUUAGGUGGCAGCAUAUUGCUCGCUUACUUUGUUCUUUUGUCGGUUCUGCAGCCCCCCCUCCCCGACAGAUCAACUUAGGACAGCACCUCCUCCUCCUCCUCCUCUAAUUUCCUCCCAAAGCUCUGCAGCUGAAAUCCUCCAGGGUCCUCCAGAGCCAGCAGGCCUGAGCACACUCAGUCUGUCUGUGGCUUUCCCACUGUUUAACUACAGGCAGCUAACAGCGUUAAUCAUUUCUUGGCUGGUAAAGAGGAGUGCUAUUAAGCCACUGGCAGGGAUGACCUCUGUGUAAAUAAAUAUGCAAAAUACCGAAGCCAUAUGUUUGUUUCUCUCUCGGGGAAUUGAGGUUAAAUUAUCACUGGUACGGAAGGAACGUUGAAAUUGACCUUUAGCUUAAACUUGCUGUACGUUGCCGAGAAAUUAUUGAAGACGGAUGUUUGCUUUGGGUGGCGCUGCGUCAUCAACACGUCUAUCGGUCAAAUGCAUUGAUAUUAACCAGACUAAAGCUUUUGUAUUUCUAGCUGCUGCUUUCUCUUAGUAUUAGUCAGUCUACCUCUUUUGAAUCAGGUCUCAACUGUUACACUGGGUGCACUUGCAUUUCUAAGGGUGUGGGGCAAUAAAUUUAAAGUAACAUA